GGUAUAGAUGUAUGACACAGUUUUAGACAGUCUAGCAUGGAAUUACUGAAGUUUGCACCACAAAAACAUGCUGAUCAGUGAUUGGUAAGGAAGCCAAUAUCCUCCGCCAAAUAGGUGAUUGUUUUCCUUGAAAAUCUAUGUUUUAAACUUUAUUGUCCUGUGAGGGCCAAAAAAAAAAAACUUUAGUGUCCUCAAUAAGAAGACAUCUGUCUAAACUGAAGCCAUCUGAAGAUACUCCCAGUAGAAGUUACAAAAGUGGAUCUGUAGUACAUAUUGAGGUUUUUCACCUCCCUUUUUGGGUCUGUAUAACAAAAGUAAAAAAAUCUAUCAGGCAGUAGUGGUAGCCAUUUCUUUGGGUCUGCAUGAAUCAGCUUAUUUUGGGUUAUACUAUGCUAUUUUAUUUCUGAAAACAUUUCCUUGCUCACACUGCUUUUGGAAGCCAACAGAGUGAAUUGAUUCCUGUAUAUCAUCUGGACAAGCCAUCCAAAGAGGCAGCAUUUAUAAGAAACACUUGUUUCCAUUUCAGAUGAAGUUGAAGGUUCAGUUGCAAUUAUAUGAUUCCAGCACCUUGAAAGGAUGGACAAGAAAAAGAGAACCAGAAAUUUCAGAAGAAUUUGUGGUGCCUGCUUGACCAUACAACAUGCUUUGUAUGCAUUUGCAUGAUAAAUGUUAGUGAAAUGGUUUCAUUUAGAUGCUUUCUUUUAUCUAAGCCGCUGUUUUUGACUUCACUUAUAGAUCUUUUCCCCACCAUAGAUGCACACACGCACCUGGAUGCUGACACUGGACGGAGACAUGAGUCUUCUUGAAGGGCACACUGUGGUACAUACAAGUUGCUGAGAAAGGAUUUGAUUCUUAAAAGAAGCACUAGUCACUUUAUAGACAAACUGCUAAAGUUUGAUUUGGUCCAACAGACAAAAAUAUUCUGCCAUCAAAAUCAUGAACCUACUUCUUGCUGCCCUUGGCUUCUAUGCUCUGACCAUGGUGAUUGUCCUAAUCCCGCAGCUCUAGCUGGCUAUAUUCCUACUUUAAGAGGUGUAGACUCUCUCUUAUUUUCAGAAUGAUUGAGAAUCACUCUCUCAACUCCAUUUAGAUCAGAUUCUCUUUAUCAGUCAGGUCAACUGAUGAAGAUAAUCAUGCUAGUGAGCUGCAUUGUGAACACAGUCGAUACUCAUAAAUUUUACCUCAUACUUCUUUUGCUCCCAAGACACAAAUGCGUUAGUGAGCUGUUGCACUUAUUUCCUGCAACCCACUGAAUCGACCUUGGUGGAUAUCAUUCUAUAUUUUUUUAGCAUUACAGCAACACGUGCCUUAAGAAAUCUUAGGAUGGAGAACUUUCAGGGUUGUCUUGUCACAUUUGGCACUAUUUCUAAACAUAUGAGCUUACUCUUCAACCUUUAUCGGGCCAAAAAUCAGAUAGGUAAGGUACCGUGGAACUGCUUCAGUUGUUUAGCAUGCUGCUGGGACUAGCAUGUUUGCCGUGUUACCAGUGAAAUCAUUUUUCUUCUGACUGUAUCUUGUUGUCUAAUCAUGUAUUUGAUUGACCAUUGGUGUUAGUGUCUUCAUAAUAUGGUGUUGAAAAUGGAAAGGUGGACCACAAAUUAUUGCCACU